CUGGCAGCUACUGGGCAGGGCUGGGAGAGGUAGAGGCCGGGCGGACCGCGCCCACUCUCCUUGCUCCUGGCGCUGCUGCAGCCAGUGAGGGGAGGAGGCUGGAGGGAAGGGCUGCGGGUCCUGGGAACCUGGCGUCUGCGGUUUGGGGCGGCCGGAUGUAGAUUGCUUUUAGGAACAGCGCUCGGCCCAGACCAAGCCAGCGGCGGAUCCGCCACCUGCCAGGAGCUCAGGUUCACCUGAGAGAGGAGCUGGAACACAGUCAAACCGUGGAAUUUACAUGGGGGCCUGACAGGCGGAGGCAGCGAGGCUGCAGGAUGUGGGGACCAGCCAUGUGGACCCUCGGCCGCCGUCACCUGUGUCUGACUUUCCUGCUGGUUUGUGCGCUGGCGGGAAUCUCCUUCCUCCACCUCUACCAGGGCCUCUUCCAGGGCGGCCUGGACCUGUCUUUCCUGUGUGCAGACCGACACCUGGUGGCGGCCCCCGUUGCCAUCUUCUGCCCAUCGGGCGCCGGGACGGCCCUCAACACCUCCCCUUCCUGUGCCCAGCUCCCCCCGCCCCCCUCGGGGGCCUGGACCAUCUCCCCGGAGGGCCGGCUUGGUAACCAGAUGGGGCAGUACGCCACUCUGCUGGCCCUGGCCCGGCUCAACGGCCGCCAGGCCUUCAUCCUGCCCGCCAUGCACGCGGCCCUGGCCCCCGUGUUCCGCAUCACCCUGCCCGUGCUGGCGCCCGAGGUGGACCGCCGCACGUCCUGGCAGAGCCUGGAGCUGCACGACUGGAUGUCGGAGGAGUACGCCCGCUUGCAGCAGCCUCUGCUGAAGCUGUCGGGCUUCCCCUGCUCCUGGACUUUCUUCCACCAUCUCCGGGAGCAGAUCCGCCGGGAGUUCACCCUGCAGGACCACCUCCGGGAAGGGGCCCAGGGUUUCCUGGCACAGCUCCGCCUGCCGGGCACCGGCGGCCGCCCGCGCACCUUCGUGGGGGUCCACGUGCGCCGGGGGGACUACCUGGAGACCAUGCCCCAGCGCUGGAAGGGGGUGGUGGGCGACCGCGCCUACCUGCGGGAGGCCAUGGACUGGUUCCGGGCCCGGCACGAGGCCCCCAUCUUUGUGGUCACCAGCAACGGCAUGGCCUGGUGCCGGGAGAACGUGGACACGUCCCGGGGGGACGUGGUCUUUGCCGGCGACGGACAGGAGGCCUCGCCGGGGAAGGACUUCGCGCUGCUCACGCAGUGCAACCACACCGUCAUGACCAUCGGCACCUUCGGCUUCUGGGCCGCCUACCUGGCGGGCGGAGACACCGUCUACCUGGCCAACUUCACCCUGCCCGACUCCGGCUUCCUGAAGAUCUUCAAGCCCGAGGCCGCCUUCCUGCCCGAGUGGGUGGGCAUUAACGCGGACUUGUCUCCGCUCCAGAAACCUAGGUCUCCGGGGGCCUAGCAGCUUCUGGGGGAGCUUGUGGCGGUCCUGCAGCACGCGGGGCACCGUUUCUAGAGUGAUUCUAGUUGCUAGACCUUCAGAGAAGAGAGGCUCCAGCCACUGCCUGAACAUU